AACCUCGAUUGGACGACGAAACUGUUUUACUGACGGAGCGAGAUCGGCGUGCUCGAGAUUUGUACAAGCGAGUGGGCCGUCUGUGUCGCCCAGGGCGAACGCAAAAGGUAGAGAACUCGUGACCGCACGACGGAUGGACACAGAACGCGGAAGAGAAGAGGGGUGUGUGUGUGCAGUACGAUUGUGUACAGACGACAGCCAGCCGCCUGAUCGAUCCUCUGCUACGAGGAGGAGAAGGAGGAAGUUAAAGGGCCCUUAUACAUCUUUCUCUCGGCGUUCUGCGCUUGCUUGCCCGACAGACACGCGCAGUGGAUCCUCCUCUACGAGAAGAGAGGACGGAAGAGAGUGUGUGUGUGUGUGUGUGCUAGUGUUGUGGGGACAAAAGGUUUGUCAAGUGCUGGGCACAUUAGGAGACACUUCGUCGAGCGUCCGCUGCAGUUCCACCAGGUGCUGCAGCUGUUUUUCACACCCCCGUUGAACGAGGAAGGAUAAGCCCUGCAUGUCGGCGGCUUUGGAGUCGGUGCUCGAGGCCACGAUGGGUUCGUUAUUCAGGAGCGAGGAGAUGACCCUUUGCCAGCUCUUCCUUCAGAGCGAGGCGGCCUACGCCUGCGUCUCUGAGCUGGGAGAGCUCGGGCUGGUCCAGUUCAGGGAUUUAAAUCCGGACGUAAAUGCCUUCCAACGCAAAUUCGUCAACGAGGUACGUAGGUGCGAUGAGAUGGAAAGAAAGCUGCGUUACCUGGAGAAGGAGAUCAAAAAGGAUGGCAUACCAAUGCUGGACACUGGUGAGAAUCCCGAGGCUCCUCAGCCCAGGGAGAUGAUAGAUCUGGAGGCCACCUUCGAAAAGUUGGAGAACGAGCUGCGCGAAGUCAACCAGAACGCGGAGGCAUUGAAGAGAAAUUUCCUCGAGCUCACCGAGCUCAAACACAUUCUUCGAAAGACUCAGGUUUUCUUCGACGAGCAAGAGCACGCGGGCUUGAACUCCACCGAGUCCAUGACACGCGCAUUGAUUAGUGACGAUAAUAUCGCUCGCCAGACUGCCCUUGGUCCUGUCCAAUUGGGGUACGUACAGCCUGCUAAUCGCCGAGCGAAAUAUCUGUCCUGCGUCCCUUGUGUGCGUGUAUACAGCUUCGUCGCCGGGGUGAUUCUCCGGGAGAGGAUUCCCGCGUUCGAGCGCAUGCUGUGGCGGGCCUGUCGCGGCAACGUCUUCCUCCGACAAGCCGAGAUCGAGACCCCACUCGAGGAUCCAUCCACGGGCGACCAAGUGUUCAAGUCGGUCUUCAUCAUCUUCUUCCAAGGGGACCAGCUCAAAACACGGGUCAAGAAGAUCUGCGAGGGAUUCCGCGCCACCCUGUACCCGUGUCCCGAAGCACCGGCCGACCGGCGUGAGAUGGCCAUGGGCGUGAUGACCCGCAUCGAGGACCUCAAUACCGUGCUCGGCCAGACCCAGGAUCACCGGCACCGGGUACUGGUAGCUGCCGCCAAGAACAUUAAGAACUGGUUCAUCAAAGUGCGCAAAAUCAAGGCCAUCUAUCACACGCUGAAUCUCUUCAAUCUGGACGUCACCCAAAAGUGCCUGAUUGCCGAGUGUUGGGUGCCGGUGCUCGACAUCGAGACCAUACAGCAAGCACUGCGUCGAGGAACCGAGCGCAGCGGUAGCUCCGUGCCACCGAUUCUCAAUCGAAUGGAGACCUUCGAGGACCCGCCCACGUACAACCGUACCAACAAGUUCACCAAAGGCUUCCAGGCGCUGAUCGACGCGUACGGGGUUGCCUCGUACCGCGAGAUGAACCCCGCGCCCUACACCAUCAUCACUUUUCCCUUCCUGUUUGCCGUGAUGUUCGGCGAUUUAGGCCACGGCAUGCUCAUGUUCGCGUUCGCCGCGUGGAUGGUCCUCAAGGAGAAGCCCCUGGCCGCCCAGAAGACGGACAACGAGAUCUGGAACAUCUUCUUCGGUGGGCGCUACAUCAUCUUCCUCAUGGGUCUUUUCUCCAUGUACACGGGCUUGAUCUACAACGACGUGUUCUCCAAGUCGUUGAACUUGUUCGGCAGCCACUGGGAGAUCAGGAAUCUAACGUCUAAGGACGUGCUCGACAACGGUGUCCUGCCGAUAAACCCGACCUGGGACUACGUCGGUCAUCCGUAUCCCUUCGGCAUGGAUCCCAUCUGGCAGUUGGCCGAGAACAAGAUCAUCUUCCUCAACUCGUACAAGAUGAAAAUAUCCAUCAUUUUUGGCAUCAUACACAUGUUGUUCGGUGUCGUCGUCGGUCUCUUCAAUCACCUGUACUUCAAGCGCAGGCUCAACAUCAUUUGCGAAUUCAUUCCGCAAAUCCUGUUCCUCAUUUUCCUCUUCUUCUACAUGACCAUACUCAUGUUCAUCAAGUGGAUCAAGUAUGCAGCACCUCAUCCAAUCAACAAUCCCGACGUAACGACGAGCUCGUUCUGUGCGCCCUCGGUGCUCAUUACUUUCAUCAAUAUGGUGCUGUUCAAGAGUCCAGAGGAAAAAGACACCGAAGGUACGAAAAAGAAUCCCUGCGAUCCUUGGAUGUACGGCGGACAGAACGGACUGCAGAUGCUUCUCGUUCUGGUUGCUCUACUGUGUAUACCUUGGAUGCUGUUUGCCAAGCCUUUCAUGAUGAUGCAGGAGAGAAAGAAGAAACACAUGCAGGUGCGUUGCAAGAUUUUGAAUACUCAUAACACGGAAAAUGGAGACCUUGACGGCUCUGGAGCGGUACAGGCUCAAGGCCAGGUACAGGGUGGACACAAAGAGGAGGAAGAAGACAUGGCCGAGGUGAUGAUUCACCAGGGCAUCCACACUAUCGAAUACGUAUUGGGAAGUGUUUCUCACACUGCCUCGUAUUUGCGUCUCUGGGCUCUGUCUCUUGCUCACGCACAACUGUCAGAGGUAUUGUGGAACAUGGUGUUGAGGAACGGAUUAACUCAAGGAGGUGGGUUAGGAGGUAUCAUCCUUUGGGCUCUGUUUGCUUUCUGGGCAACUAUGACUGUGGCUAUUCUGGUACUCAUGGAGGGACUGUCAGCUUUCCUUCACACUCUCAGGCUUCAUUGGGUUGAGUUCCAAAGCAAAUUCUAUCUUGGUCAAGGUUACAGUUUCACGCCCUUCUCCUUUGAAAUUCUUCUGGAAACAGCACAAGCAACAUCUGAGGCUGCAGAUUAAACUUAAAGAAAUGUAAAUAGGCGUUUUCGUCUUCAAAUUUGACUCUUGGAUGAUGUUCCGAGAAGCAAAUUGUAAUUGAUGUUGAACUUAACAAUGUACUUCUCUCUCUAUUAAGAUUGCUGUUAUGUGUACAUGCUCAAGAACGAAAUCUUAAAACACCGUGUCGAUGGUUGCUGAUUGUAUUUAUUAUUUUGUUUUGUACAUAGUAAACUAUGAUUUGUGUAAUUUUUCUUUUUUUUUUUUUUUUUAU